GGCGCGCGCGGCAGCAGUUGGACUGCGGCGGGCGGCUCUUCGUUGGUCCCCUUUGAGGCGUCCCUCUUCACUGCUCUUCUACCUCGCGCAGCAUGUCGGGCCGCGGCAAGACCGGCGGCAAGGCCCGCGCCAAGGCCAAAUCGCGCUCGUCGCGCGCGGGCCUCCAGUUUCCAGUGGGCCGCGUGCACCGGCUGCUGCGGAAGGGCCACUACGCCGAGCGGGUCGGCGCCGGCGCGCCGGUGUACCUGGCGGCGGUGCUCGAGUACCUCACCGCGGAGAUCCUGGAGCUGGCGGGCAACGCGGCCCGCGACAACAAGAAGACGCGGAUCAUCCCCCGCCACCUGCAGCUGGCCAUCCGCAACGACGAGGAGCUCAACAAGCUGCUGGGCGGCGUGACGAUCGCCCAGGGAGGCGUCCUGCCCAACAUCCAGGCCGUGCUGCUGCCCAAGAAGACCAGCGCCACCGUGGGGCCGAAGGCGCCCGCGGGCGGCAAGAAGGCCACCCAGGCCUCUCAGGAGUACUGAGGGGCGCCCGCGCCGCAGCCGGCCCAUGCCACCACAAAGGCCCUUUUAAGGGCCAC